AUGCACGCGCUGGUGCGAUUCCCAAUGCACACCGUAGCGGGGGUGCGCCGUGCGUCACACACGCGGGCGGUGCAUGUACGCCGCGUAAGUGUGGCCAUGGUGGAGUCGCAGCGCACCUUUGUGGCGAAUCCUCCCUCCUCGCUGUUUUCAUUGUCUUCCGUGGGCGUGGCCACAGCGGAGGAUGCCGCCGCAGCGACGUCUGCCAGGUGCGAGGGUACCGCGGCAGAGGCAGCUGAUUUGCCGCCUUCUCAUGACCCUCCUGCGCAAACGGUGAGGGGGUUCCGGAGCAGCACACGCUUCCCGCUGAGCCCCGCCCAGGUGAAUGAGCAGAACAUGCCGAGUGCGAGAGAGGUUGCGCAGAUGAUUCCUACAUUGGAGGAGCUGCGUGCGCAGCUGCCUGAUGCGCAGGAGCUGGAACGGACGUACAUCCCACGGGAAUCGGCGCUGAGGGCAAACGGCGUCGCGGGACGGAGCGAGACGAGCGGCGAGUGUGCGGCUGCCACCACGGCCUCCUCGGCACCAUCGUCACUGUUACAGAAGACGAUGGACCCGCUGGAGGCCUUGUUUUUUGGGUCUCCCAAGGACGAAAUUGCUGCGGCGACGGAGGCAACACCGACAGCAGCGUCGCAGCAGCGCCCGUCGCCCCGGGAGCAUGUCCUUCUGGCCUACCACGCCCUCUUUUGGGGCACCGCGUUUGCGCUCUUGGGCUUUGGUGCGACAGUGGCGACCGCCAUGUACGUGUGUGGGUAUCACAGCCUGCGCGACCUGAAACAGAGGGUGCGCGACAAGAUGAGCCACGAUGAGGAGCGCCUGCAUGCGAUGGCUGCUCCUGCUGCCACGGGGGAAGGCGCUCCGGUGGGCACGGUAGUGAGGCAUUACGUCGUCGAUGUCACACACCCGACUGAGGCGUGGCGGCAGGUGCAGGAGAUUUGGAGUGCCAUGCAGCGUCUGGCCGAGGAGGAGGAGGCGGCGACUGCGGCUGUGACAGCUGCGCAGUAG